CGGUCAUGUGAUUCCAGUCAGGACUCGAUUAGCGACCGCACUGUUUACUUUCCGCUGCAGACAGGACUGCAGAAGCGGAAUACCGACCUUCUCUCAAAAUGUAUUCUCACGGUUCAGAGAGUUUAAUCAAACAAGCAAGGGAGAUCCAGGAGUCCGAGCUGCAAAAGUUUUACAGCAGAUUAGUCAAGCUGCUCCAAGGGAAGGAGCCCUGCCAUGAGACUGUUGACUCCCUGCAGAGGCUGCACCUCAUCCUCUCCGCCACCAAGUAUACCAGGAAGUUGCCUGCAGAGCUUCAGGAGAGGGUUGUAUCGCUCCUUUCAUCACCUGCAGAGCCGCUUCAGGUGCUGAGCUCAGCUGUGCUCAGGGAGACACUGCCCCUCUCUGGUCAGGAACUGAACUACAACCAGGAGAACAUCAGUCAACUGAACACGCAUGCUGCUGCCCUGCUGCUCUCACAGGCUGGAUCCAGGGCUGAUCUGUCGUCUCUCUGCGCUCAGCUCCUUCGCAGUCUGGAAAGCCGACAGUCAGAGGGGCCAGCUCACUCGCUCACACACACCCUGCCCAUCCUCAACACCAUCCUCACACUCAGCCCCGAGUGCCUCACUGAAGAUCAUGUGACCCUCCUGAGUAAGAAGUUUGUCGAUUGGCUGCGCUAUGCUAGCAUCACUCAGGGAGGCUGUGCUUCCUCAGGAGGAUUCUUCAAGGGGCCCAGGUCACGUCAGCCGGUGCCCAUAGCAGAGCUGGAUGGGACGGUGUCUGGGGAUUUCUUCACUGUGCUGUGUGUGGGCCAGGGCUUCACUGAUGACCAGUGGAUGAACGUCUAUUCCUUUUCAAUGCUGCGCCAUUGGCUUCUCACCUACCACUCUGUUUCCAACAUCAACAGCACAGCUGACACCGCAAACAGGCUACAGCUCAGCCUCUCCCACUCCUUUUCUAAUGAUGACCGGUCGGAGGUGGACGGCUCGGUGGUUUCUAUGGUUUCAGCGACUUCCUCCUCCAGUCGAUUGCUGCCUCCAAAGGAGCGUCUGAGAGAGAAGGCUUUCCAGUACUGCCUACGCCUCAUCGAGCAGAGCGAUCGCAAGGCACAUAAAAGGACAGAUACAGACCUGCAGAAAGCGUGUCUGGUGGAGGCGGUGUGCAUCCUGGACUGUGUGUGCGUAGAGGACGCCUCACUGGUCUACCGAACGUUCCCGUGCAUCAAGGCGCUCUUUGGUCGGCUCAGCUCAGACCUGUCGUUCGCCAGAGUCCUGCUGCCCAUAGCACAGUUCUACCUCAACCACGGUGAGAUGGCUGCCGUGGAUUGUGAGAGUGUGUGGAAGCUGGUGUUUGGCCGAUUCCCUGCCGAGCUUUUCAACGACCACUUCCUGGCACAUGAGCUGCUACGCUUCCUUCGACAAAACCUUGAGAGCCUGCUGCUCCGAGUCCCGCAGUACAUGCACUCCUUCCCAAACCUGCUGAAGUUGUUAGCAUGGGACAGCCCGGCGGUAGUGGAUGAUUUUGUGGAUCUGCUGCCCUCUCUGGUGACUGCUGGAACUGCAGUGGAGCUUCUCCACACUCUGCUGGACCUGCCCUGUCUUUCUGCUACAUUGGUCCUGCAACUGAGGUCAACUUCUAUGCCCAUCUCUGAGCCAGGUGGUCACUUGUCACUUGAUGCAUUUCGAAACCCUUCUUAUCGUGGUCUUUUCCUCUUCCUGCUUCGAGGGGAAGCGGGUACAGGGGACACCAUUGACCGACUCAGCAUGCUCCAUGAGCUGCUGGCUGAGGUUGCUGAUUGGCCAAGAGUUGUUCAGUGUGCACAGACCGUCCCCGUGCUGUUGCACAUUUUUUUCAACACAGUCAUCACGGUAGCUGACGAGAAGCUUUUAGCCCACUUGACUCUGGUGAUGCUGGAGAGAAGCAGCCUCCUCCUCAAUAUCCCUAAAUACAUCACAGAGAUUCACAGGGUGUUCAGCUGCCACCUGCUGAGGUUGUGCAAGCUCCACCCCUCUCUGGUAGUGGACCAGUCUCACGAGCUGCUGGAGUUCGCUGGAGCCACAGCCAACGUCUACAGCAAAGAAGAAAUCUACACUCAUGUGGUGUGGGUGCUGGGAGAGUACCUGUCUGUGUCAUGUGACGCUCGCUGCUCCGUGAGGCUCACCACUUCCUGUUUUGAGGCGUUGGAGGCGGUGCUGUUUGAGAUCACUUCAUCUGCCCCACCACCUGGAGCACUUUGCCCUGCCCCCAGGGUCGUCACCACUCUAAUGAGCGCCCUGGCUAAGUUGGCGUCACGAUCACAUGACCUCAUACCCAGGGUGUCUCUGUUCUUCUCCAAGCUAAGAACAGUAACCAGAGGCGGGUCAGUUGCCUGGUGCACAGAUGAAGAGGACCUUGUUGCCAUAGUAACACGAAGCGAGGAGUUGUGGUCACUGCUGAAGGUGCCUGGUGUGGCUCAGAGCGUCCUUACCCCACCUCCACAUGUCACCACACCCCAGUGGCAUAGAGACACAAACGUGGCCAUGCCACUGCGACUGCGUGCCCUCACCAGCCUCACACACUCACAAUGACGCACUUACACUCACAUGCACACCACACAUCAUCAUUUUGCAUUGAGACAGAGACCUCUAAUGAACCCUGUUUGAUUUUUGCAAAUUAUUUUUGUAAAUAAAUGACAUUAUUUGAUUGAAA